AUCUCUAGGAAUGUGCCGCUCGUUUUCAUUGGGAUUAUUUUAAACCGCAGCACUCUGCUAGAAUUUAGUCGAAUCAUUUGCGUUAUUUAAAAUACAUUUUUAAGAAUGGAACAGAUCUUGAACAAGGAAAACACAGGCAUUCAACUGCCUGCAAAUCCUGUUAAAAAUGGAGUCCCCAGUAACUCAGUAAUAAAGAAACCACUGGGGAAACUUGACAAUGUGAUGCACCAAACUCCUGGCAUAACCCCAUUCAAAAGCAGCUCCUUGAAACUCGACGGCAGUAUCGCCAAGUUGUCGCUUCGCAAGGCCCCUAACCCCAAACAAAAUGUGGUAAGCAAGGAACGGGAAGAGAUCAGUUUUAAGUCCACGAGCUGCUUUCUGGGCGCCUACAUGUUGAAGUGCGAGGCCAAGUCCAUUAAUUUGUUCGACUAUACGGACUUUCCAAACGAGCAAUGUCUAAAGAAGUGCAGCAAGCCAAUCACGGAAACCUGGUCAGAGAAUCAACCUGGCUACGAAGCACUGAUCGACCAGAUUUAUUGUGACCUCCGCACACUGGAGGAUCAUUUAGAAAACGUCUGUCUCCCUCCGUUGGAUUCUGAAUUCGAUGAUCUCCCAUACACAUACCACAUAGAAGAUGUAGAGAUUGCAGAGGGUGAAUACGUUCUAAAUUUGUUUCCGCCCUUGCCCAUCUUGGAAAAUAUUGAUAUUCUGUUUUAGUAUUGCUUUUGAAUUCGUGUUAUUUGUUAGUUUAUCAUAUUAGUUCUGUCGUUCGUCCUAAAUGUUUAUAAUACUGUAAGAAAGGUUAUAGCUUUAAGAUCAACUGACUAAUUUCUCAACGGAAAAAUGAUAGUUUCAUAAAAUUGCGCUGCAACCGAUAACCGGACAGUUAUGCAAUGAUUUUAAAACUUGAUCAAAAAGUCCAAAAUGUAUGCCAAAACUAUAUUGUAAAUAAAAUUAAAUAAAAUAUGAAUAAACUGUUUAUUUUAAGGCUUAUAACUUCA